CACUAAGUUAGCUAGCUAGGUAACUUGCAAGACUAGCAUUACGUUAGCUUGAUAAUCCUGCCUUUAAACAAUUUUCUCAAUUUCCUUGGUUUCCUCUCUUGACAUGUUAACGGACAUUACCGUUACAGUUACUAACGACAUUAGCUAUCUCAAUAUUUUAAAGCCAGUUUGCAAGUUUACGUCGUUACACAUGGACUUUAGCCUUCGUUAACGUUAGCUAGUUGGUGUGCUAUCAGUCCUGUCGAACAGCUAACAGUCAGCUAACGAUAAAUGAUCCAAGCCGAAAGUGGGUCAGUUCAACGUGGUUCCGAAUAAAACGUUCAAAAAGCAGAUGCAAACAAGACUGAGGUUCAGGUCUCUGUCUUAUCUGGCUAGCAAACAUUUUUAUUAGGCUCUCAGUCUAUGGGCUCUCAGUCCAGUUCUGGGAUGUCCGGUCGGGGCUCCAGCGGCAACCCAGACCAGUCGGAACCGGAAGAAACAAAUCAGAACACUAACCAGCGAAGCCGCAGACAGACAGAGGGACAGUCAACAGCAGAAGAGGACGUUGAUCUAGCUCAAGUGCUGGCGUACUUACUGAGGAGGGGCCAGGUGCGGCUGGUCCAUGGAAGCGGGGUAACAGGUCUACAGCUUGUCCAGUCAUAUUCCGACUCGGACGAUGACAGCGACGGGGCCUGGGAGAGCCGUCUAAGAGACCGCUAUAACCCCCCUGUGGACUUGCAACCUGACACUCAUGAUGUGGACCAGAGUGAAAUCCGGACUCAGAUCCUACUGGCCACUGCUUCCUCGGGCAAAGAGCUUGCACAGAGUUUCCCCCUUAUGCUGAGACAGAGGGAACGGGGCCGGUGUCAAGGCUCCAGUUUCUCACAUGGAGAGUGCAGUCGCAUUUGCUCACAUUUCCUGCCCAACCACGUGGCCCACCAGGACACGUAUCAGCAGAAAGCAUUCUGCGGGGUCUACAGCGAUGAUGGCGACACCUUCCUGUCAGCGUGCCAGGACCAGAACAUCCGCGUGUACGACACCAGCAGGGGGCGCUUCGCCCUGAAGCGCACGGUGAAGGCGAGGGACGUCGGCUGGAGCGUGCUGGACGUCUGCUUCUCCCCUGACUCCCGCUCUGUGCUCUAUUCCAGCUGGUCUGACUACAUUCAUGUCUGCAGUGUCGAUGGAGACAGUGAAACCCACACCGCUCUAGACCUGAACCCAGACGAGCGGAGGUUCUGCGUCUUCUCUCUUGCGGCAUCGACUGAUGGCAAAGAGAUCCUUGGGGGCGCAAACGACGGCUGCCUCUACGUCUUCGACCGCGAGCAAAACAAGAGAACGCUCAAGAUCGACGCUCACGAGGACGACGUGAACGCGGUGGCCUUCGCCGACGGCUCGUCCCAGCUGCUGUUCUCCGGCAGCGACGACGCCCUGUGCAAAGUGUGGGACCGCCGGACGCUGCGGGAGGACCGGCCGCAGCCCGUGGGCCAGCUGGCCGGGCACCGGGACGGCAUCACCUUCAUACACAGCAAAGGCGACGCACGCUAUCUCAUCAGCAAUUCCAAGGACCAGACCAUCAAGCUGUGGGACGUGAGGAAGUUCUCCCCGAAGGAGGGGCUGGCGGCCACCAGGCUGGCCGUCACCCAGCAGAACUGGGACUACCGAUGGCAGCAGGUCCCCCAGAGAGCUCUGAAGAAGCACAAGUUGACGGGGGACACCUCGGUGAUGACGUACCGCGGUCACGGUGUCCAGCACACGCUCAUUCGCUGCCGCUUCUCCCCUGCGUUCAGCACCGGCCAGAAGUUCAUCUACACCGGCUGUUCCACGGGGAAAAUCGUCAUCUAUGACGUGCUGACAGGCAGUGUGGUUUCCAAACUGUCUGACCACGAUGCCUGUGUGAGAGACGUCAGCUGGCACCCCUACCAGGACAACAUGAUUAGCAGCUCUUGGGACGGAGCCGUGAGGCUGUGGGUGCACAGGCAGACUCACCCGCUGGAUGAGGACAGGGAGCGCGAGCGUGCCCCCGUCGCGCCGGGAGAACCGAAGGAGGGGAAGUAACCGCGGCCUCCCGCGCCGUGGGAUCCGCGGGAGGAGCAGCAGAGCGGGGGAGGAGCCAGCGGCUAGAGCAGAAACCUUAUCAGUCUGCUCCGGGCGUUCGCGCCAUGAUUGCGAAAGGGUUUUAUUCCCACUUUCAGGUGUGUUUUUGCCUUUGCAAAAAGCCAUUUUAUGUCUCCAACUGCAAAACCACAGAAACCUGCAGUGUAAUUGUGUUUAAGAUAAAGAAGAGGGACUUUUUAUUAAUCCUCCGCUUAAAGAAAAAACUAUAGCUCUUUGGCUUGGCCUGAACUGAUUUAUAUAAUACAAUUAAAACCAUGUACAAAGUGCUUCCUCCAAGAGCGCUUACUGACAAUGGUUUUUCUAAACCUAAAAGUGUAAAUAGAUGCAAAGCAGUGAGAAAAUGACUACCUGCAAUAUCUUUUAAGUUGCUUUUUGAUAAAAGCUUCAGCAAAGUAAUUUGUUUAAAAUUUAGGAACUUGGAAAUUUGACUGUGUAUACAGAAAAAAAAAUAUUCCAAAUGUAAUUUUUAUGCUUAAUACUUUAUUCACCUUAACUUCCAGCCCAUUAGAUGAAAAGAAGAAAAAACUUAUUUUGUAAACAAAUGUACACAUUUUCUGAUUUAAAGAUGUCAAUGGCUGUCGGUGUGUGUUGAAGAAACGUGUGCAUACAUGGUCACGGUGAAGGGUCUGGUAAUGUGUGUGCAUAUGCGUGCGUAGGCGUGUAUGCAGUUUUGAAUGUGUUCUGUACGUCAGUGUCUGUUUCACUUGCAUUACCCAUGUUUUACCAUAAUAAUAAACAAUUACAGUAUGUAAAUGUA